AUGAGAGGAAAAGAAGGAGGAGAAGAAGAAUCCGAGUCGAGAGUUACACUGUUGGAAAGUCCUCGCUCGGCGGAAGAAGAUGGUGGAGAAUUGAGGGAGAGAGUUUGGGUUGAGACAAAGAAGCUGUGGAAAAUCGUUGCUCCGGCGAUAUUCACUCGACUAACAACCUAUUCGACUCUUGUAAUAACUCAAGCUUUCGCUGGUCAUCUAGGCGAUCUCGAACUUGCAGCAAUGUCCAUCGUCUAUAGCGUCGUCGUUGGCUUCAACUUCGGCCUAUUUCUUGGAAUGGCGAGUGCGUUGGAAACGCUGUGUGGACAAGCGUUUGGAGCGAAGAAAUAUCACAUGUUGGGAGUUUAUAUGCAGCGUUCUUGGAUUGUUCUCUUCUUUGGUUGUCUCUUGUUAUUACCGACUUACCUUUUCACAACUCCGGUUCUGAAAUUCCUCGGACAACCGGACGAUAUCGCCGAGCUCUCCGGCGUCAUCUCCCUUUGGGCCAUCCCUCUCCAUUUCGCCUUUUGUUUGUCUUUUCCGCUCCAACGUUUCCUCCAGUGCCAGCUCAAAAACCAUGUGCCUGCAUUUGCGGCUGCGGUUGCAUUGGUGGUUCACUUAUUAGUGAGUUGGCUGUUCGUUGAGGGGCUUAAACUAGGAGUCACCGGGACUAUAUCUACGGUUUGUGUCUCUUGGUGGGUCAAUGUUCUUAUUCUAUUAGCAUACUCCGUUUGCGGUGGCUGUCCACUCACUUGGACCGGCUUCUCCUCCGAAGCCGUCACCGGACUUUGGGAGUUUGUCAAACUAUCCGCUUCUUCAGGCGUCAUGCUUUGUUUGGAGAAUUGGUAUUAUCGGAUUUUGAUAGUAAUGACUGGAAAUCUUGAGAAUGCUCGAAUCGCUGUUGACUCGUUGUCCAUAUGCAUGUCGAUAAAUGGUUGGGAGAUGAUGAUUCCUCUCGCUUUCUUCGCCGGAACCGGAGUACGUGUGGCGAACGAACUAGGAGCUGGAAAUGGAAAAGGAGCAAGAUUCGCAACGAUUAUAUCAGUGACACAAUCGCUUAUAAUCGGAUUAGUAUUUUGGGUGAUAAUAAUGCUUUUCCAUAACCAAAUCGCUUGGAUUUUCACUUCAAGCGAAUCUGUUUUAAUGGCUGUUAACAAACUCACCAUUCUAUUAGCAUUUACUAUUCUUCUUAACAGCGUCCAACCCGUUCUCUCCGGUGUUGCAAUUGGGUCGGGAUGGCAAUCGUACGUGGCAUACAUAAAUUUAGGAUGUUACUAUUGCAUUGGGAUCCCACUUGGGUUACUAAUGGGAUGGGUUUUUAAUUUCGGUGUCAUGGGAAUUUGGGCUGGAAUGAUUUUUGGAGGAACCGCAGUUCAGACAAUUAUCUUGGGUUUUAUCACGAUUAGAUGUGAUUGGGAAAAAGAGGCACAAAAAGCAAAUGUACGUGUUAACAAAUGGUCCAACGUGGUAAAAUGA